AUGUCCGUCGUCUCCCUUCUCGGGGUGAAAAUCCUCAACAAUCCGGCCGCCUUCACCGACUCUUACCGAUUCGAAAUCACCUUCGAGUGCUUGGAACAGCUCCAGAAAGAUCUCGAAUGGAAGCUCACCUACGUCGGUUCCGCCACUUCCUCCGAGUAUGACCAAGAACUCGACUCCCUCCUCGUCGGUCCCAUCCCGGUCGGAGUGAACAAAUUCAUCUUCGAAGCCGACGCGCCUGAUGUCAAUCGCAUCCCCAGCUCGGAGAUGUUGGGCGUCACUGUCAUCCUCCUCACUUGCAGCUACGAUGGCAGAGAGUUCGUUCGCGUUGGCUACUACGUUAACAACGAGUACGACAACGAAGAGCUAGCAACCGACCCGCCCUCGAAGCCCAUUAUCGAGCGAAUUCGCCGCAAUGUCCUCGCUGAGAAGCCCCGUGUGACUCGCUUUGCUAUCAAGUGGGAUACCGAGGAUUCUGCUCCCGCUGAGUACCCGCCUGACCAGCCCGAGGCCGAUGGCCAGGCCGACGACAGUGGUACCUACGGUGCUGAGGAGCGUGAACUCGAGGCUGCUCUCCUCAAGGAACUCGAAGAGUCGAACAAGCCCGCUGAGGGCGAGGACCACGAGAUGGAAGGCGCUGACGCCCCUGCUGGCAAGGAGGAUGAAGAGGAAGAGGCCUCCGAUGCUGAGAGUGAGGAUCUGGAAGCUGAGAGUGAUGACGAUGAGGAUGACCUCGAUGAAGAGGAGGGUGGUGAUGGCGAUGAGGAUGUUGAGAUGGGCGAUGACUCCGAGCAGAAGGCUGCUCAUCCGGCCCAUCAGCCUGAGGUUAUGGCGCACUAG